AUGAAAGAAGUUGGAUCACAAAUAAUGCAGUUUGACUUCCGGUUCCGAUCUUCUACAUCUAGUGGUGUACCACAACAACAACAAACCUCCGAGAAGUUAUCCAGCAGUAUCCUCUUCCUAGCAGUGCAAAAACUAGUUUUAGCAGAAGGGGAGAAAGUGCUUUUGCUGCUGUGGUUCUCAGACGCGCCUGAAGUGUGGGGUACCUAUGCUUUAAUCACGAAUUUGGGUAGCUUGGUAUUGCGACUACUGUUUGCGCCGGUAGAGGAUGUGGCAUACGCUUUCUUUUCGGCAAAUAGUCGUGGAGCAGGUGAGGUUUCUACCGAACAAGGGGGUGAGGUUGCAGAUGUAGAUGAAGAUGCUGUUAACAAACUUGACGAUAGUACGACUGAUGGCGGCAGCCGCACAUCAGAGAGUUGCACCAGAAAGAGGAAUACAGGACCAGCCCCAGCUGUUGCUGAUGAGAAAACCACUGCAAAUAGUGCGAGUGGUAGUCCCUUGGACGAGAAAGAGAGUUACCGCAUCCUUUUCACCCUCCUCACCCUACAAGGCGGUAUUGGUUACCUUGCGCUUUUGUAUGGUCCCGCUAACGCUUAUUUCGCGAUACGGAUUCUCUAUGGCCCUAGUUGGGCAGAUGUACCAGAAACAGAAGCCGUCCGAGCAUUACAGGUUUAUUGCCCUUUUCUCUUCUUAGCUGCACUCAACGGCAUUCUCGAGGCCUUUACACACGCCAGAGCUAACGCAACAUGGCUCUUUCGCAACGCGAUGCUGCAGCUGGGGCUCAGUGUGCUUUAUGAUUCGGAGAAAUAUCGAGAUUCUUCUAUACAGUAAUGAUGAGGGUAGAGGUACUCGCCUCAUCUGCUACUGCUUCUGCCCUCAACAAGAACCUUCUCGUCUUCCUGAUCGCAUUUGAAGUACCAGAGAGAUCAUAUUUCGUAACUCCUCUAAUCUCUACCCGUUCUCGGCAGUUGGGCAUUAAACGCGACUCUGGGAUGGCGCGCGCCCGCACUGAUAGCCGCCAACGCUGGUUGUAUGCUUCUCCGCGUUAUUUACUGCUCACACUUCGUCCUCUCAAGUCAAGCUGCAAGGACCUUAGUCCACGAAUACAAGCAGUCCUUUCUUAGGCUCCUAGCGAUUUGGACGGCUUUUGCCGCUUUGGAUGCGGGCUUAGAAGUGAUGAAUUUUGGGAAAGUUCGAGUGCCUCCUCUAGAACAGGGAGUUCAAGUUCUAGGAAAGAGGGAACUAGUUCAAAUGGGUGUGAUCCAUGUAGGCUCUGCCUUGUCCUGUUUGUGUGUUAGCGCCUUUCUAUCAAGACACGAACUCAUACUUUUUGCUCGCUCUCUACGCACAGCAACUUCGAAAAGAACAGAGUCAGGAAAUAUCAAUGAGCUCGAUGUGCCACCAGAGACUAGUAGUGGGAAGAAGAAAGUUUUUUGAUAAGUCCUCACUUGAGCUGGUGUGCGAGGACCGGGGCAUUUGCCGUCAAUGUAAC